ACAAGAAUAGUGUUUUCCAUCUGCUUCUUUGGGAGCUCCGCUCCUCUCAUUCUCACUCUUUCACCCUAACCCAAAGAAGUGCAGGGGGAGAAGAACCUCUCUCUCUCUCUCUCUCUAACUCUCUCUCUCUCUCUUUCUCUCUCUCCCCCAAUUCAUCAACAAAUGGAGAGCUUCACCCUUCGCUCUCUCUCUUCCUCCACCUCCCACUCUCUCUCUUCCUCCUCCCCUGCUUCCUUUCUUCAUCAUCGUCCCCGCCCCAUCCCCAAAUCCCUGCCGUCCAUUCCCCCAUUCCCCACCUCCCACUCCAUCCUCACCCUCCGAUCAUCCCCCAAUCCUCUCUCUCUCUUCUCCCCCCUCCCAAAACCCCGCACCAGUAGGUCCCACUCCUCCAAGAUCCAAGCCUCAUCAUCACCCCCACCCCCACCACCACAAAAGCAAUCCAACGGCGCAAAACCUAUCCCGCUCGUAAUCUCCGUCGCCAUUGGAGUCCUCGUCCGAUUCUUCGUCCCCAAACCCGUCGAAGUCAGUGCCCAGGCCUGGCAGCUCCUCGCCAUCUUCCUCUCCACCAUCGCCGGCCUCGUCCUCAGCCCAUUGCCCGUCGGCGCCUGGGCUUUUAUUGGUCUCACGACCUCCAUCGUCACCAAAACCCUCUCAUUCACGACGGCGUUCAGCGCCUUCACCAGCGAGGUCAUCUGGCUGAUCGUCAUCUCCUUCUUUUUCGCCCGCGGCUUCGUGAAGACCGGAUUGGGGGACCGAAUCGCGACCUACUUUGUGAAAUGGUUGGGGAAGAGCACUUUGGGGCUGUCGUAUGGGCUCACGCUCAGCGAGGCCUUGAUUGCGCCCGCCAUGCCGAGCACCACGGCCAGAGCCGGUGGGGUUUUCUUGCCGAUCAUCAAGUCGUUGUCGCUGUCGGCCGGGAGUAAUCCUGGCGAGCCGUCGAAGAAGAAGCUCGGGUCGUAUCUGAUACAGUCGCAGUUUCAGUCCACUGGUAACUCUAGUGCUCUUUUCCUUACUGCUGCGGCUCAAAAUCUGCUAUGCCUUAAAUUAGCUGAAGAACUAGGGGUAGUAAUGUCAAGCCCUUGGGUUUCUUGGUUCAAGGCUGCCAGUUUACCAGCAAUUGUUUCGCUUCUAGUUACUCCACUAGUUUUAUACAUGCUUUAUCCUCCAGAAACCAAAGACACGCCUGAUGCCCCUGCUAUGGCUGCUAAGAAAUUGGAAAGUAUGGGUCCUGUCACGAAAAAUGAGUGGAUCAUGGUUGGUACAAUGCUUCUUGCGGUAUCUCUGUGGGUCUUUGGAGAUGCUCUUGGCAUACCAAGUGUUGUAACUGCAAUGAUUGGCUUAUCGAUACUCCUUUUAUUAGGAGUCCUUGAUUGGGACGACUGCUUAAGUGAAAAAUCAGCAUGGGAUACCUUAGCAUGGUUUGCUGUUCUAGUGGGCAUGGCUGGCCAAUUGACAAACCUCGGCAUUGUAGGCUGGAUGUCUAAUUGUGUGGCCAAGUUCCUUAUGUCCUUUUCUUUGAGCUGGCCUGCUGCAUUCGGUGUUCUUCAAGCAGCUUACUUCUUGAUUCACUACCUCUUUGCAAGUCAAACUGGUCAUGUGGGUGCUUUGUACUCUGCAUUUCUUGCUAUGCACUUGGCAGCUGGCGUGCCCGGUGUGCUGGCAGCAUUGGCUUUAGCUUACAAUACAAAUCUUUUUGGUGCUCUAACACAUUAUAGCAGUGGCCAGGCUGCUGUCUACUAUGGAGCUGGCUAUGUAGACCUUCCUGAUGUAUUCAAAAUGGGCUUCGUGAUGGCUCUUAUUAACGCUGGCAUCUGGGGUGUAGUUGGAUCUUUCUGGUGGAAAUUUUUGGGACUCUAUUGAUUCUAAUUCUCUUUGUAAGUAAACAUUGGUCUCCUAGGUUGUAUAACGUCCUGUUUCAGGUCAUUGCUGAGCUCAUUAUUUAUUCUCGAAGGAAAUUUUUGAGUUUUGACCUUCAUUUUAUCAGUCUAGCUUUUAACACAGUUGCAUCAGUGCAUUGAUGCCUCAUUCAAAUAUGAAUAUGAUUAGUCAAAACCAAAAAUAAAAUCAACGUAAAUUGUUGUUCUACUUUCCUUUUCGUGAAAGCCAUGAUCUGGGAAUAGUUAAUUCUUUUAUAUUCUGAACCAGUACCUUUUAUAUGAAGAGAAUACUUUUCUUUAA